AUGAACCGACCGGCCAUUCUUGCUCCUCUUCGCCCUCGAGAAACCACAAAUUCACCAGCGGCCCCAUCACCUGUAGUCACUGAGCCACCUUCCACUGCAAGAGAAGAUGGCGAGCAAGAUCUGGGAUCUCACCUCUUGAACCGCAAUGACAAAACAGAGGUCGAGCUCGGCCAUCGGACUCGUUGUCAUUUCAUCGGAUCCGAGCUCUCCAACUGCCAUUACCUCGUGCGGCAGAGCACAUCUGAGACCGGACUUGAUAAGGUCUUUCACUUCGGCAACGGCCAGUUGGACUCUUCCGAGAACUGGUAUGAAGCACAUAAUAUUCCAGAAGAGAUCCUUAUACGACCCAGCAAGGUCCUUGAAAUGAGACUGAUCAGAGCGUAUUUUGAUCUCGUUAACCGCGGGUGGCCAAUUGUGGACGAGGAGCUAUUCAUGACCCAAUAUCAGGAGCAGGAUCGCAUGAACCCCCUCUGCUUGACGCUCCUCAACGCCAUCCUACUCGUUGGAGCUCACACGUUGGCAUCUCAAGAUGAGAGUAUGCUUCCUCUACUUCCUGCUUUUUUCCGAAGAGCCAAAUUUCUGGUCUUGAGUGAUUCAUGGCAUGAUAGGCUUGUUUACGUACAGGUGCCGCUACUGCUAACGUGGUAUUCUGACGCCAAUGCUUGGCAUUGGAUUGGAAUUGCUAUCAGGACGGCAAUGGCCGUGGGACUUCACCGCGACGCUAGCCACUCCACGAAUCUACCAGUCUACAAGCGAAAGUAUGUCCGACUCUGGUGGGUUCUUUUCCAGUUUGACACAAUCUCAGCAACCUCAGCUGGUCGGCCUCAAGCCAUAAACCUAUGGGACUCAGAUGUUGCUGACCUGAAGCCUGCAGAUCUCGAAGGGAUCCCUAGUGCAGAGUUCGAGUUCAUCACCUAUCACACCAAGCUUUGCAAGAUCAUAUCGCAGACCAUAAGAGAUGGCUGGUCACCACGAGCUUCCAUGGAAGCAAGAGCUGAGGCUAUCAAGAGAGCAGACGAAUCUCUUGGGAAUUUGAUGCUUGACCUUCCAUCAAGGCUGGAAUUGAAACUUUCCGACCUUGAUAUCUGGCAGUCUUUGUUUCACCUAACCCAUCAUAACUUCAUUCUGCUGAUCCACCGCCCAUCACCAAAGCCUGGCAUCAGGGAUCAAUCUCCCGAGGCACAAGAUAAUGCCAUCCUUUGCAGGGAAUCAACAGUAGCGAUUGCGUCUGUUUUCGAAGUCCUACUCGGCAAAAGGAUGAUCUCUUCAUUAUGGUUAUACAGCAAUCAUGUUCUGUUCACAGCAACUAUCUACAUUCUGAACCAGAUCAGCACUAGUAAGCCGCUGCUAGCUGCCAAAUCGCGGCACAUACUGGACACGUUUCUUGCGACCCUGCGUGAGCUAGUAAAGUAUUGGACUUAUGCGAAAGGGUUGAUGCAGGUUCUUGAGCAGAGGGCCUCCAAGGUCAGGGAAGAGAGAGUUGAGAAGGCGUCUACGAAACUGCAACACAUUGCGCCAUCUGGGCAACAUAAUCGGCAACUGGCUGACUCUCAGCUGAAUCUGCCUGGUGUUGCAUCAUCGUAUGGAUAUCUGCGCGAGGAUUCACCCGCGUUGAGCGAUCAACAAGCUCAAACACAACCAAAUGCUGCCUUGGCUGAUGCGAUCUCGAAUUCACAACACACAGUUACCGAUUUCUAUCCAAGUACGGGUUUUCUAGGAUCUACUCAAGAUCCCUUGUUAGAUGACUUGUUCAUGAUAGACACUUCUGCGCUUGACUUGUUCUUUUACGAAGAUACGCAAUAG